AGCCUUGCCCCGCGCAGCCGCCGAUAGAGAGCAGGCGGCCGCCCGCGCACGCACGCCGGCGGCCUUCGCCGUGCGGAGGGGCCGUCGGUGCGGCGGGGCUGCUCGGGAGGGAGAGUUCCUGGCUCCUCGCUCCGUGGCUCCCCGCCCAGUGCCUCCGCCGCAGACGACCGGAGGAGUCAUGUCGGGGCCACGAGUCAGGAUCGGCGGCUACAGCGCGAUGUGGGGCGACAUCCAGCUCCCACAGUACCAGCUCAUCCGGAGCGGGGACUGUGAUUAUCUCAUCGGAGACUACCUUGCCGAGCUGACGAUGGCAAUCCUCGCACGGCAGAAACAGAAGGAUCCUAAGAUGGGGUAUGCGACGGCAAUUGUCGAUAUGGUGCGCACGCACAUCAAGUCUCUGCAUGAAAAAAAGAUAAGGGUAGUCGUGAAUGCUGGCGGCAUGAAUCCUCUUGGGUGCCGGGACGCACUUAAGGCCGUGUGCGCAAAGGCCAAUAUAGAUUUGAAGAUUGGAGCCGUGUUCGGAGACGACGUUAUGGACAAGGUGGAGGGGCUACGUAAGGGCGGUUGCCGAGAGAUGUAUACGAAUGAAGCAUUCCCGGACACGCCAUUCACAAGCGCAAACGCAUAUUUCGGUGCAGUUCCCAUCGCGGCUGCCCUGAAGGAAGGCGCCGAUAUUGUGGUCACUGGGCGUGUCGUUGACAGCGCUCUGGUGCUUGGCAUCCUCAUGCACGAGUUCGGCUGGAGAACGGACGAGUACGACAAGCUGUGCAUGGGCACUGCCGCUGGACACCUGAUAGAGUGCUCCGCGCAGUGCACUGGCGGGUUGUUUACGGACUACCAGGAUGAGAAGUGGGACAACAUGGGGUACCCAAUCGUGGAGGCCUAUCCCGAUGGGACAUUUACGCUCACGAAGCCCCCGAACACGGACGGGCUCGUGAGUUUUGGAUCUGUGGCAGAGCAGCUCUGCUACGAGAUCCAGGAUCCUGGGGCAUACCAUGUGCCCGACGUGGCCUGCGAUUUCACGUCCAUCAAGAUCGAGGAGGUGGGCGAGAAUGUGGUACGCGUCUCCGGAGGGCGGGGUUUGCCGCCAACGAAUUGUUUCAAGGUGUGCGCAACCCUCCCCGAUAAUUUCGUGGCCAUGCACGUCUGGCUGAUCGUCGGCCACAACGCCGCAGACAAGGCACGACGCACGUUUGAGGCGCUCCUGCGCCGCACGAGGUUCAUGCUACAGAUGGCGAAGAUGGACGACUUUGAGGAAACGUGCUUUGAGGCCCUGGGCGCGAACCAUUUUAACCCCAACCGUGGCGAGGCUGAGGCCACGGAGGUCGUGGCGAAGGUGGGCCUCAAGCACAAGGACAAGAGGGCGCUGGGCCUCUUCGCGCGCGAGUCGGUCUGCUCCGCCGUCUCCAUGGCCCAGGGCACCACCUCCUUUGGCGGGACCAACGUUACAGGCAAGGUGUCGGAGGUGCUGAGGGUGUUCUCGUGGCUGCAGCCGAAGGAGAGCUGCCGCUGCUGGGUGGAGGUGGAGGGCCUGCGCCUCCAGGUUCCCGUGCCCACCGAGGGCGGCUUCCCUGGCAGCGGCAGCGCCUCCGCCGCGGCCUCCGCGGUGCCCGCGGCGGCGCCGACGGGGCCGACCCGAAGAGCUCCGCUGCGACUGCUCUGCUGGGCACGGAGCGGGGACAAGGGCGACAAGGCAAACGUGGCGCUGAUCGCGCGGAAGCCCGAGUACUUGCCGCUCCUCAGGCACCACGUCACCGCGGAGCGCGUAAAGGACUACUUUUCCGCGCGCUGUAAGGGGGCGGUGGAGCGUUUCGACAUGCCGGGCAUCGGAGCCAUGAACUUCCUGCUGCACGAGGCGCUCGGCGGGGGAGGCAUGGCCUCGCUGCACAGCGACCCGCUCGCCAAAACCUUCGGCCAGGUGCUCCUGCUCAUGGAGGUCGACGUCCCGACCUCGUGGGACCUCGAGGACGCACCGAGGGCGAAGCUGUAACGGGCGGGCCCCCCCGCCAGCGCGCGGGGCCGAGCGCCCCGCCAGCGCGCGGGGCCGAGCGCCCCGGCGCAGCCUUCCAAUCACACGUAAGUUGUAUUCUUGGAUCCGUCAGGGCACGCUACUGGCGACGUUUGAAGGAUUCUGCGGCGGGCGCCGCUUUCCCGCAGGCACAGGCGCCGCCACCCAUGCAGCCGUGUUUUUGUUGUUGUUGUUGUUGUUGUUGUUGUUGUUGUUGUUGUUGUUGUUGUUGGUGUUGUUGUUGUUGUUGUUGCUGUUGCUGUUGCUGUUGUUGUUGUUGUUGUUGUU